AGUCGCUGCCCGCAGCCCCGCCGCGUUCCCUAGGGUGCUGAGGGCCAUGGACGGCUACUACGGCUUCCUGGCGCUGCUGGUGUCGGCGUUGCUCGUGGGCUUCCUGGCCGUGCUCUUCACCCUCGUCUGGGUCCUGCAUUUCCGCGAGGGGCUCGGCUGGGACGGCACCGCGCUCGAGUUCAACUGGCACCCGGUGCUCCUGGUCACCGGCUUCGUCUUCAUCCAGGGCAUCGCCAUCAUCGUGUAUAGACUGCCAUGGACCUGGAAAUGCAGCAAGCUCCUGAUGAAAUCCAUCCACGCGGGCUUAAAUGCCAUUGCAGCCAUUCUUGCCAUUAUCUCACUGGUGGCCGUGUUUGAUUUCCACAAUGCCAAGAAAAUACCCAAUAUGUACAGUCUGCACAGCUGGAUUGGGCUGACUGCUGUCGUGUACUACAUCUUACAGCUUCUCCUAGGUUUUCUCAUCUUUCUGCUCCCCUGGGCCCCGCCUUCGCUCCGAGAAUUUCUCAUGCCCAUCCACGUCUAUUCAGGACUUGUCAUCUUUGGAACAGUGAUUGCAACAGUGCUUAUGGGAGUGACUGAGAAACUGAUUUUUUCCCUGAAAGCCCCUGCAUACAGUUCUUUUCCACCUGAAGGCAUUUUCACAAAUGUUCUUGGCCUUCUGGUUCUGGUGUUCGGUGCCCUCAUUUUCUGGAUCGUCACUAGGCCUCAGUGGAAACGUCCUAAGGAACCAAAUUCAGUCCUUCUUCGUUCAAACGGAGGUGCCGCAGAGGGAGCAGAGGGCUCCUUGGCAAUCAACCUCAGCAAUGCUGAUAGGGCAGAUUCUGAGUUAAACAGUGAAGCUGCAGCUCGGAAAAGAAACUUCACCCUGGAUGAAACUGGCCAGAGAUCCACCAUGUAAAGUGUUGUAGAGAUGUAAGCCUAGAAGGUUCCUAGAAAAACUGACUCUACAGCUUAACUUCUCCGACUGGGAGAGGUCAAUGUUUGUUUUAUUUUGUUAUGUUUUAGUUCAGUUUGGUAACAUUCAAGAUUUACAAAAAAAAAUUAAAAAUAAAAAGAACAGAUAUUCUCAAAAACUCUACUCCAAAAAGACAUGCACUCUCCUAUAAUCAUUGCAACAAUAGCCCAAAUCUGGAAACAACUCAAGGGUCUAAGAACAGAUAAACUUUGAUACAUGUACUAGUGGAAUACCACUAGGCUAUAAGAAAUGAGAAAAUCAUGCAAUUUGUUGCCACGAGGAUGGAACUGGAGGGGAUCUGCUGAGUGAAAUCAACCAGAAGAGGGACAGAAUAAGAAAUGAUGAUCUCUCGGGUGUGGCAUGUAAAGAAGCUGAGUAAGGGAAUAACAAACGGGCCAAGGCAACAGAACCUAAGAACUGGUCUUUUUCUUACCUUGGCAGGGAGGUAGGUAGGGAGCAAAAGUUGAAGUGGGGAUCCUGAGGUAGUAGUGGAGAAAGGGGUCACUGGUGGAGAAAAUGUUUGUGGUGCUGAUACAUUGUAUGCAUGACUCUGUAUCAUUAAUGGUAUCCUAAAUCACAACAAGCUCAGAGCAUAUUUAUGUUGCCAGGCAUCAAGGAAGGUAGACUCAAGUAAAGAAUGUUUCUACCUACCUUUCUGCUACACCCACCUUGGCAACCAGCACUCUGGAAAAUGCCUUGAUCAGGUCACUCCUAAGCUCAGCACAGGCGUUGUGGGUCUGUCAUCCUUCCCCUAGAGAAAAGAAUUUCAGGAGAGCACUAAAUAGUGAAGCAAGGUAGUUUUUAUGGAAUGAAACUUGCUUAGAAAGGUGUGUAGAGACAAAGAAGAAAUAUAUGCCAAAGAGGGAAUGGAGGACUCUUGCCUUGUGCACAACAGACCUGGGUUCAAUCCCCGUAUGAUUUCCCUGACACUUCCAGGAGUGAUCUCUGAGCCAGGAGUAAGCCCUGAGCACCACUGGGUGUGACCUAAAAACAAGAGACUGAGAUGUCCAGUCUUCCCACUGCUGCCACUCCCUUCUCUUCAGCUGCUUUGAGCUUAGAUUGUCCAGAGAAACCAAGGUUUCUGUUAGAGCAUUUUGGUCCUGUGAUUGGGCCACCGGCAAUCAAAGAGAUUGUUUCUGAUAGGACUGGAAAGUAGUUUCUAAAACUUCUCUUAGUCCCAGGGCGUCA